GCGCCAUGGCUUGAUAGCGCCUGCUCCCCAAUUGAACGGACGAAGCCCAGCAAAAAUGGCGGUGUCCCGGACCCGGAACCAACGACUGAAUCCCGUUAUUACAAGUAAACUGGAGAAAACGAAUUUUGGCAUCUAGUAUAAGUUGAGAUGGUUCCACGGCCGUUCAAACCAACGACUUGAUACAUUCCAAGCAACAGAAAGAAACAUUCCACGAUUUUCACAGCUUAUUUUCUGAUCCGAUUAAGUUUUUUUAAUUUCUUUACUUUGACGACAAUCAUGGAUACCAAGGCAAACCAAGUUCCCUACAACAUUCCCGCCGAUGCGGUCUGGUUUAAUAAGCCACCACCCCUCGAUAUCAGCAUUGCAGGUUACAAUUAGGCAUUUUGCAAGCUAAUGUGCUUUUUUUUCAUCCUUUAGUUACCGGCUGCUCCUCGGGUAUCGGCAAGUCCAUGGCCCAACAGCUCCUGGCAUACCCUGAGUACCGAGUCGUCGCCACCGUCCGCAAUCCGUCGUCGCUCGCCGACCUCGAGGGCGGCGACGACCGCCUUUUGACCACGGCCCUGGAAGUGACCUCAAAGGAGUCCAGGGACGCCGCGGUGGCGGCUGCGCUGGCCAAGUUUGGACGCAUCGAUGUUUUUGUCAACAACGCCGGCCAGGCGUUCCACAGCGAUUCCGAGCAGAGCUGUCCCGAAGAGGAGCGUCAACAGUUCGACGUCAACUUCUGGGGCCCCAUGGAGCUGACCAGGCAUGCCGUCAGGGUCAUGCGCGAGGAGAACCCAAAGAACGGUCCCAUCGGCGGCGUCAUCAUCAACGUCACCAGCUUCGUUGGCUUCGUGUCGAUACCGGGCUGCCCCUUUUACUGCGCAUCCAAGUUUGCUCUGGAGGGUUUCACCGAGACAUUUGCUAAAGAGGUGCACCCGGACUGGAACAUUCACUUUUGCCUCGCCGAGCCCGGCGGUGUCGCUACGGCAUUCGCGGACAACAGAAAAUUUGGGGUCCCUCAUCCGGCAUACCAGGCCCCCGGCACGCCGACGCGAGAGUUCGAGGCUUGGGCCCAGAAUCUAUCCGACAUGGGCUUCUCGACGGCAGAGGGGACGGCGAAGGCCAUUAUCGAGGCUGUGCAUGGCGCCAAGGAGGGUGCCAGGGGCCGCAUCCCACUACGAUUGCCCACUGGCUCAGAUUCCUUCCACAUGAUCAAGAGAGAGGUGGACAACAUUGCUGCAAACUUGAACGAGUUCCAGCAGGUGUCUCUCAUCCCGUCGAAUCAAGUAACAGCGAAGGCUUGAAGUCUGUGUUUUUCUCCAAGACUGUUGGUUUAUCGGCAGACAUGCGAGUGGGUAGAUCACGUGUACAACAACGUGCUCUCGGGACACGUAGCAGAUUCUGCAACGAUUCAUGCGAUCAUGUAGAUAGAUAGUUACAGUUAGACUAAUUAAUUACCAUGCAUAAGC